UUUGUCUUUACUCUCCCUCCUCCCUCUUUCCCAAAGUCUCAUUCUUGAUUUUAAAUCUAGGGUUCUUGUUUAUUUUUCUUUUUUUGCUUUGGUCUCAGUUAAGUAGCUUUAACUCCACCCUUUAAGCUCUUGUUUGAGCCACUUUAAAGCUUGAAUCUUUCUGCAUUUUUAUGAUUACCCAACUUGUCUUUUGGUAGUUAGUGAAGUUUAAUAGCUUUCAACAGUAGUUUUUUGUCAUCUUUUUUGGUUCUUGAAUUGAAAGAUUCAAUCUUUUUUCAUAAUCCAUUGCUUUAGAGAAACCCUAUUACAACCCUUGUCAAGAUUUUACUUAAUUUCUUAGUUUCAGUGGUUCUUGAGUAGUUGGGCUUGCAUGGAUGGAAGAGAGGGAAUGUCACAUCCUUACUACUUCAACAGAGGGGUUAGUGGGCCUAAUCCCAGUCCAGGCUCAGUUUUUGGGUCAGGAACCCAGGCUGGAUUAGCUUCCCCAACUGGUUUCAAGAACCUAUCAAGCCCUAAUAUUUCAAUUCAGACUAAUGUUGGAGGUUCACCUUACCAAGCUGAGAUUGUAGUGCCUGAUUUUGGUCAUGGGGUUGACAUUGGUGGAUCAUCCAGUGUGUCAUUGACUGAUUCUAGUAAGAAAAAGAGGGGAAGGCCCAGGAAGUAUGUUCCUGAUGGGACCAGCAUGUCUUUAGCAUUGUCUCCUAUGUCAUCUAAUCCCUCACCUGGGUCUGGGGAUAUAAUGCUGGUGGAGGGAGAGAAGAAGAGUAGAGGGAGGCCUCGUGGUAGCGGAAAGAAGCAAAGAUUAGCAUCUUUAGGCGAAUGGAUGAAUACUUCGGCAGGAAAAGCUUUUACUCCGCAUGUCAUCCAAAUUGCACCAGGAGAGGAUAUUGCGUCAAAAAUACUGGCAUUUGCUCAACAGAGACCAAGAGCUCUAUGUAUCUUGUCCGCCAAUGGUUCUGUUUCUGCCGUGACAUUACGCCAACCCAUGUCGGCUGAUAGCACAUUCACAUAUGAGGGUCGUUUUGAGAUAUUAUGCUUGUCUGGUUCUUAUUUGCUUUCUGAAGGUGGACCCCGGAAUCGAACCGGUGGUCUGAGUGUGUCUAUCUGCACUCCUGAUGGCCUUGUGAUAGGAGGUGCAAUAGGUGGUAGGCUUAUUGCUGCAAGCUUGGUUCAAGCAAUCGUAUGCAGUUUUGUUUAUGAUGGUUUCAAAACAAAAACCAAUCCACAGGCUGAUGCAAAAGCCGAGCAGAUAUCUAAUAUUCAACCCAAUGAAGGCUCAUCUGCACCAACACCAGCAGCCGCUGCUCAGCAGAGUUUGACUCCAAAUCCUGAAAGGUCUUCAUGUUCUCCAAGUUCACGGCCAGAUAUGAGAGAUCUAAACACCGAUAUUGACCUAGCUCAUGGAUGACACAAUUUCUUUCCGCAAGUCGCAUGUCUCUGUAUAGUAAUUGUAAUAUGAAGCAAUCCGAAACUAGAUCAGCAGCAGGAUUCUAAUUGUUAUUGUUAGUAAAUGUGUUCAUCUAGCAAUGUAACAUCUAGGAUUCCUAAGCAACAUAGUCCUGCCUCCCAUGUGUGCUUGUAACAUAUCUAACAUCUCGGGUAUGUCUUUUAGCUAUAUAUUAAUGUUUUGGGCUUUCAGAAUC